CGAGUGCAGGGUUUGAUCGACACAUUACCAUCUUCUCUCCUGAAGGGAGACUCUAUCAAGUCGGUUAGUAGGCUGAGUGGUUGUGACGGAAGCCGGGUCGCUGGCUAACUGUGUGCUAGCAGGCUAAAUGCUCUGUCACGCUUCGCCUAGCUCGGCUGCGAGCUGAUAAAAACACCCGCCAGAGCGAAAAUGGUCGCUCACCUUAGCGGGGCUGAUGAGUAUGCGUUUAAAGCUAUAAACCAAGGUGGACUCACAUCAGUAGCAGUCCGAGGGAAGGACUGUGCAGUUGUUGUAACACAAAAAAAAGUACCGGACAAACUUCUGGAUGCCUCCACAGUGACUCACCUUUUCAGAAUAACAGACACUAUUGGAUGCGUCAUGUCUGGGAUGACGGCUGACAGCAGGUCUCAGGUCCAACGAGCCCGCUACGAGGCAGCCAACUGGCAGUACAAGUACGGCUAUGAGAUCCCCGUGGACAUGUUGUGUAAGAGAAUCGCAGACGUCUCACAGGUCUACACGCAGAAUGCUGAGAUGCGACCGCUAGGCUGCUGUAUGAUCGUGAUCGGAGUAGACGAGGAGUUUGGUCCCCAGGUAUACAAAUGCGACCCGGCUGGCUACUACUGCGGCUUUAAGGCCACCGCUGCUGGAGUGAAGCAGACCGAAGCCACCAGCUUCCUGGAGAAGAAAGUAAAAAAGAAACUGGAUUGGACCUUUGAACAGACUGUUGAGACGGCCAUCUCCUGCCUCUCUACGGUCCUUUCCAUUGACUUUAAGCCCUCUGAGCUGGAGGUCGGCGUCGUCACAACACAGAAUCCCAAGUUCAGGACGCUGACAGAGACGGAAAUAGACACCCACCUCAUGUCUCUGUCAGAGCGGGACUGAGACUCGCCACCUGUUGGAUUGACCGAGAGCAUGAUGCAGUUUCCAGAAGAAGACUUGGCUUUAUUUGCUGUACCCCCCACCGUUACGUUUAAUAAAAACCUUUGAGUAAAACA